AGCCGCAAAGAUGGUGGCACCACGCGGGAGGAAGAAGGCCGUGAAUAUGACUCUGACUCCGCAGCCAGCGACACGAGCAGAGCAACGACGACCACCCCCCUUACAAAAGAGGACCUCCGACAGCUGCUAUGUGAGAUCAAGGCAAAUAUGACAACAGAAUUUGACAGGCAUCUCACACCCAUCAAAGAAGACCUGAUUGACUUAACACAUAGAGCAACUGGACCGGACAGCUAUGCGCACAACAGCGAACGAAAAUGCCAUAACCUCCCUACAAGAUCAGCUCCGCCAACUGGAGGAG